AUGAACUCCAGUCUCUCAUCGCUGAUCCUGCUGCUGCUCAUUCCAGUGAGAAACAAAGUACAAACUGGGAGAAAAAACAAUGAACCUGAAGAUUUGACUUUAGACUCAGAUUACUCAGGACGGGUGAAAGAUGAGAUCUCAAGCAGCUAUUCAACACUCACAAUAUCAGACGUGAGAGAGACAGACUCUGGAGAAUAUCAGCUCAUGUUCAUCAUGAAGGAUGGAGUUAAACAUCUCAGCUCAGCGGCCGUCAGUCUAACAGUCACAGUCCUGCAGCUGAGGAUGAAUCCUGCAUCUAUAGACCUGACAGAUGAGACAGUAGAACUGAUCUGUGAUUCUUCCUGUGAUUUCACCUCUGAAGAUCACUAUAUCUGGAUGAAGAAUAGACAGCAUUUAAGAUAUACACAGUCCCCCAAAACAUCUGUGUCAGUCAGCAGAGAUGCUGACAUCUUUUCCUGUUCUCUUUAUCCACAUCGUGAACAUCCCUCCCCUUCUGUGUGCAUUUCUAAGAGUGGCUGCUGGGAUGUGACUUACUCCUCUAGAAGAGUCUGUGCUUUGGUCGGCUCAACAGUAGACAUUUCCAGCACAUACACACAUCCCUCUCGUCAUACUGUAAAUAAAACAUUCUGGCCAUUACCCAUCUGGUGA